GGGGCGUCUCGUUGCCUUGGAAGGUCGUCAAGCCGGUCUGCGCACGCACGCUGCAAGGACGAUUAAUUUCGCCCUUAAUGCGGUCAUGUGUGUUAUGAGUUUAAAUAAAACAUAAAUUAGCUGCUUCCUGAAGCCAGACAACGACGGUGAGUCCCACUGACAAACGCUGGUUCUAAACCCUGGUUCUCAGUGAAAGAGUGCAUGUGAUCAUCAGUCAAAGCUUCUGCUUGUGGAAAAACCUGCAGCAUGUGUGAUGAAUCCAAAAGAACAGAGCCCAGGGCCAACGGGAAACAAUGCUCAUGGGCAUCUUACAUGACCAACUCGCCAACUCUGAUUGUCAUGAUUGGCCUCCCUGCGCGAGGCAAGACCUACAUGUCAAAGAAGCUCACACGUUAUCUCAACUGGAUUGGCGUUCCAACUAAAGUCUUUAACCUGGGGAUGUACAGAAGAGAGGCAGUGAAAGCGUACAAGUCCUACGACUUUUUUAGACAUGACAAUGAGGAGGCCAUGAAAAUAAGGAAGAAAUGUGCACUGGUGGCACUGCAAGAUGUGAAGGCUUAUCUGAACAAAGAAGGAGGACAAAUUGCUGUAUUUGAUGCGACUAAUACAACCCGUGAGAGGCGCGAUCUCAUCCUGAACUUUGUGAAGGAGAAUGCGUAUAAGGUGUUUUUUGUGGAGUCCGUCUGUGACGACCCGGAUGUUAUCGCUGCUAACAUUUUGGAAGUGAAGGUGUCGAGUCCAGAUUACCCAGAAGGUUGCAGAGAACGAGUUAUGGACGACUUCCUGAAACGUAUCGAGUGCUACAAAGUCACUUAUCAACCACUGGAUCCUGAUGAUUAUGACAAAGACCUGUCCUUCAUUAAAGUGAUGAACGUAGGCCGUCGUUUCCUGGUGAACCGCAUACAGGACUACAUCCAGAGCAAGAUCGUCUAUUACCUCAAGAACAUCCGUGUGCACUCCCACUGUAUCUACUUGUGCCGGCAUGGCGAGAGCAACCAUAACGUACAGGGUCGCAUCGGGGGCGACUCGGAGCUUUCACCCCGCGGCAUGCAGUUUGCGACAGCUCUGCACGGGUUUAUCGAGGAGCAUGGCUUGCUAGAUCUGAAGGUCUGGACCAGCCAGCUGAGGAGAUCCAUUCAGACAGCUGAGGCUCUGCAAGUGCCGUAUGAACACUGGAAGAUCCUGAAUGAAAUUGAUGCUGGUGUGUGUGAAGAGAUGACUUACGAGAUGAUUCAGAACUUAUUCCCGGAAGAGUUCGCACUUCGAGACCAGGACAAGUAUCAUUACAGAUACCCAGGAGGAGAGUCGUAUCAGGAUCUGGUCCAGCGUCUUGAGCCGGUGAUUAUGGAGCUUGAGAGACAGGGAAAUGUUCUGGUCAUCUGCCACCAAGCUGUCAUGAGAUGCCUUUUGGCUUACUUUCUGGACAAGAAUGCAGACGAUCUCCCAUACUUAAAGUGUCCCCUCCACACUGUUCUGAAGCUCACCCCUGUUGCUUAUGGUUGCAAAGUGGAAAGGUUUUCUCUGAACGUGGAGGCAGUGAACACGCACCGAGACAGACCAUUAGGGCAAGCUCGGAGGACUCCGGCCCCCCUGCUGCUCCGGUGGAAUAGUUACACCCCUCUGUCCAGUCUCGACCAGGUCAAACGGCCUCGUCUGUACAGCGCCGGAAACCGGCCCUGGCUGCCCCUCGUGCCCUCCCCCUCAGCCCUGCACUUCCCUGACACUCCUGAAGGGGUGCUGCUGCACAGCCAACGCCGAGUAUCAGGCAGUUUUCUGAAUCCUUGUGUGAUGGAACCGUCUUUGAAAGCGCAGAAGACGGCACUGACGGUUUCUGCUUCUGAGUAGCCCUGCAGGCUCGGAAUAACUUCAGCUCUCAACGCACAGCUUCAACCUAGCACUUUGUUUAAAGCACUAAUAUAAAUCCUGCUUUAUUGGUAACUUCACUGCACUCACUUUUCUCCCACUUCCAUGCGUUUAGGAGCGCCAGAUAUUUGCACGUGCGCUUUAAAAAGUUGCACAUUUAGAAGCAAAGCUUGAAAGCUCCUUAGUUAGCAUGCAUGUGUGUGAGCUUGCAGUUUGAGAUUUCCAACUAGAAUGUAAUCAUUUCAUCAUGAAUAAGAGGUCAAAGGCCAUGGGAGAUUAUUAAGGGUAACGUUUUUGUCUUGAAGUUUGCAGUAUUUCUUUCUUUCUUGUGGUGGUUCCUUUUCACAUUCUUUGCGGUGUGGUUUUUUUUUUUACGUUAAAUUUAUUUCUGAAAUCUACAAUUUCAUUUCAGAUUUUUAACUCAAAUUCUCCAGUUAUACUUUGAAAAAUGUUUAAUAUCUGGGUGAUUGCAUGACUGAGGUUUUUUUUAGCCCUUCACGUUUAAAAAUGACUUUUCAACAUCAAAUUGAAGAAAGGCAACAAUCUUAUGGGGUGUUUUUUUUUUUUUUUUAAACAAGGCUGCAUUUUAAUCUUAAAUGAGGUAACAGAUAUAUUUGAAUGUUUCAGAUAAAAUUAGGAAAUGCACAAAGUGAGGUUAACUAUCGUCCAUGUUCAUGAUAUGAGGACAUUUAAGAACAUUCGAAUGAUUUUAUUUAUAAUAUUUAUUUAACUAAUUAUCUAAUUUGCUUUCAGUUGGUAAUUUUGCAUAACGUUCGAAGUGACCUCAUCGGUCAUUAAGACAAUAGCAACAAAUGUAAAGAAGGAAUAAUGAGGGAACUUUGCUUUUCUUCUUCUCGUGGUCUUCAUAAGAUUUAGAUGAUUAGAGCGACUUCCUGCUGACUGUUAGAAUAUUUCAAAUGUUGCACACGGGUGAAUGUGUUCAGGUUGAGUGAAUGUUGUGGGAUUAAUGUACAUUUGUAUGACCGAUAGCGGAUGACCUAUGGAAAAAGGUGUUUCUUGUUUUUAUGAUAAUUCAAGGUAUAGUUGUGAAAUAGACUUUACCUGUGUUUAAAAGUUCCUUUAUCUUUCGAAAAAACCAAAACCUGUAUGAAAAUGAAAUAUCAAUGGGAUAUGAAUGGCACGUCAAUUAUAAAAUCGUCCAUCCAUGUAAUCUUGUCACUCGUGAAAUGCUAAAACCUCAGGCUGUAAAUGCAGACUGUAUGAUGCACUGUAUUUUAUAUAGUUAUAGUCCCAAUAAAAGGAUACGCACAAAUGGUUAUCUACAACUGGGUUAAUGUUAAAAUGUAUUUAUAUUUUUAGGAAAAAAAGGCAUUUAAUUGCAGAAUGAGAUCAAAAUGGUCAAUCAGCCCAGCCUUAGGGUCAUGUACUUGUAUGCAUAUAGUAAUAUAAAGUGUGUGUAUGUCUAGAAUAGUCUGAUUCUUCUAAAUCAGCUGCACAUAUCAUUUUCCACAUAUUGCUAAACGUCUUUGAGCUCUUGCCCAAAAACAAGACAGUAUUUGGUGCCAAAACUAAAACAUUUGUCACAUUGAUCAUAUCUUAUUGUCACGCAGAGUCGCAAUAUGCAGUCUUGUUCAUCUGUUGUUUAAAAAUGUAAUCGUGUAUGUUCUGUCCUUUUUGCCUUUCAGUGAUUUGCUCUUUAUGUGCAAUAAAAGGCUCAAGUCAGCAAUCAGUCUGA